GAAACAGGGUGCCUACAGACUAGUCUAAUCUAUGAAUUAUGUAUGCGCGCGUAGGUCAUUAAUAUUAAUGGCGCGCGUAGACCAAUCCGCAAUGAAAUAUAUGGCGUGAUUUGAGCAUCAAUAAUGCAUGAACGCGCGUAAGCCAAUCACCAGCGCGCAUUGCCCAAAUCGGGGCGCUUAUAAAGCGGUGUUUGACACCGCCAAGCCUCUUCGUUCCAAGAUGGCGACGGUGCUGUAACUGGAGACCUCAUUGUGACUCAUUCCUGCGAUUUCGUGCUAAAUCCUGAGGGUUAUUCAGAUUUAGGGACAACGUCCGAUCGACAUCCUUGGUGCGACCGGUUGAGGAUGACUUUGCAGUGUUUCCUGUGUGAGCGUACAUUCAACACGAAGCAAGGCCUCUGGAGGCAUCGCAAGCUGGUGCACGGCCCCCCUGUGUAUCUGUGCUGCGAGCAUUGCGAGUACCGGGACAAGCGAAGGGACAACUUAACCCGACACGUCCGCAUCUGUCAUCCACAGAGCGUGGUUAGCCAUCCCGAAUUCAAGAAAGUCGGAAUCAUGGAGGGACGCCAAGGAGGCAUCAAGAUGCCGGUUUCCAUCAACAGAAAGCUGCUUCCUGGGAAGUGGGGGCACGGGCCGCAAGCAGAGGCCCCGGCCCCAGCUACGGCGAGUCGGCCGCCGAGGAGUCCGUCUAGAGAGGCGGUUAUUUCGCUCUCGCCCUGUCCCAUAUCACCCUUGGUAGGGCGCACAUCAUCACCCAUCAUCCGUCUCACCGGAAAGCCCAAGGCGUACCUGAGCCAACUGUUGGAGGCACGAGGUGCAGAGACGUCCAGAACCCCUGAAUCUAUGCCUCCUCUCAGCCCAAUCACACAGGCUGGAUCUGAGCUGGAGGAAGCCGUCGACGAGCCACCGGUGAAGAGGAUGCGGCAGGCCGUUGUUGAGGAACGCAUAUUCCGCAACACCUACCUAGAUGGGAAACUGGUACACGAGGAGGUGUCUCAUCACAAAUACAAGAAGGCGGUGGACGCCAAUAUCUACGAAGUACCAAAGUAGGACAACGGGAGUACAAGAAGUUUAAUGAACAUUAAUGACUCUGAAAUUUGUGUACUUUUUGUGUGAUUUUGCUUAAUUAUGCAUGAUUCUACUUAUUAGCUCACCGUGUUUUCCAAAGUGUUAUAUAUUUUUUGUGCUUAAAGGAUUUCGCUUUGUCUAUUUUUAUAGAGAUUUUUUAUAAAGUGUUGCGGACCACCAUACAACCGUAUGGCUUGUUAAAAUAAAACAUGUAUAUUUCCAAAGACAUUGAUUAUUGUAAAUUAGUAAACUACCUCAAAUGUGUACAUCUUUUAUCAUUGUAUAAAUCACUUCUGAGGUUAGGUAAACCUCAAGCGGUGGUUAACUUGUAUAUUAUGGACGCUUCAUUGUUAUAAUUGUAUUAAGGAUGUCGGUCUCACACGGCACUUGUCAUGUGGGUAAACCUCACACAUGGAAUUUAGUUAUAUAAUGAUUGUAUACAUAUAUGGGCCCUGUUUCUUAUAAUUGUAUUAAGCUAUUUAAUCCGGGACGGAUUAAGCUUUGCUGGGGCCUGUGUGGCGAAACAGGGUGCCUACAGACUAGUCUAAUCUAUGAAUUAUGUAUGCGCGCGUAGGUCAUUAAUAUUAAUGGCGCGCGUAGACCAAUCCGCAAUGAAAUAUAUGGCGUGAUUUGAGCAUCAAUAAUGCAUGAACGCGCGUAAGCCAAUCACCAGCGCGCAUUGCCCAAAUCGGGGCGCUUAUAAAGCGGUGUUUGACACCGCCAAGCCUCUUCGUUCCAAGAUGGCGACGGUGCUGUAACUGGAGACCUCAUUGUGACUCAUUCCUGCGAUUUCGUGCUAAAUCCUGAGGGUUAUUCAGAUUUAGGGACAACGUCCGAUCGACAUCCUUGGUGCGACCGGUGAGUUGGUGGAGUCUCUCAGGUUUUGUUAUUGACUCAAUUAACUGUCUAUUAUCUUGGAGAAUUGGUGACAAAGAUUUAGUCGGGAAUUAAGACUGACUAUUUUGUCUGGGUAAUUAGUGCUAGAACAUAAGUGGCUAGGAGUUGUGGAACUUGGUUGAGAGGCUAGUGGGGCUGCGAUUGCUUGUCGUGGGUUGGACACCAUUCGGUGGGGUUUUAUGACUGAGGCGAUCAUUGCCGUAAUAGCUUGCCUGACGAGUUACUCUGUGCCGCGUUCUGAGCACUUGUGAGGGUUACCGGUUUUGUGUGUGUGGGUUAUUGCACAUAAAGAUUAUAUUGUGUAAUCGUGUUGAGGCUUACCUUUCCUGGGUGAGGGUUAUUGCAAUUACACAGUUCAACCUGCUUCGACGCUGAGUCAGGUUGAGGGUUACCUUUAUUGUGUGAGUUAUAGGGACAGUUCAACCUGUGUGAGGGUUAUUAGUGCUACUUCAUUAUAAUUGUAUUAGUUAAUACACACGGUGCAGUUGACCGCAUAAAGUUCAUCUUCCUGUUUAUAUUGUUAAGUGGUGCAGUUGACCACGUAAGGAUUACAUUAGACUAAGUUACUUCAAAAGGGUGCAGUUGACCCUGGAGGUAACGAGUGAGGGUUAUUGAGAUAUUUCCGUCCAUAAUAUUUACCACC